UCACGCCUGCGCGUUGCCGGGGUAGUGGGGAGGAGGUGGAGGCUGAUGGCAGCUGAAGAUGGCGGCGGGGAAAGAGCCGAAUAAUAAGUGGGUUCGGCUCAAUGUCGGGGGCACUCACUUUCUGACCACUCGGCAGACCUUGUGCCGUGAGGAGAAGUCGUUCCUAUACCGCCUGUGCCAGGAGGAGGGGGAGCUGCUGUCGGACCGAGAUGAGACAGGAGCGUACCUAAUUGAUCGGGAUCCCACGUACUUCGGGCCAAUACUGAACUAUCUCCGACAUGGCAAACUUGUCAUCAACAAGGAACUGGCAGAAGAAGGGGUUCUAGAAGAAGCAGAGUUUUACAACAUAACACCUCUCAUUAAGUUAGUGAAAGAGAAGAUCAAGGAACGAGACUGUAAACCCACACAGCUUCCUACAAAACAUGUUUACCGGGUACUUCAAUGUCAGGAGGAAGAGCUGACCCAGAUGGUUUCCACUAUGUCUGAUGGCUGGAAGUUUGAACAGUUGGUCAGCAUUGGAUCAUCGUACAACUACGGGAAUGAAGACCAGGCAGAGUUUCUGUGUGUUGUUUCCAAGGAGCUGCAUAAUACCACCAAUGGGAUAAGCUGUGAACCAAGCAGGAAAGCUAAGGGCGAGGACGAGGAAGCUGAUUGUGAUAUGAAUGACGGGGAAUAAAAUGUAACUCACGUACAUGGUGCUUUUACAAGCAAAAGGCUCAACAAUGUGAGAGGAAGUGUUCCACCCGCCUUUUCUUCCCUUUUUAUAUAAACGAUGCGUAUCCCACUCUAUGGACGAUGUGGAACUCUACAGCAUAUCACAACACCAAAAAAGCCAUAGCAGGACACACAACCGUUUCUGCAGUUUUAUUUCUUUUUAAAUUCUCCUGUUGAUGUUAGAUAUGGACUCUCUUUCCUCUUUGAGUUGAAGAGGAUAGAUGCGGGCUCAGACCUCGCAAUCUCAGUACUGCAGCCUUCCUUGGGAAUACGUAUGUUUCGGUGUUGUUGGUUGCAGAUGGCUGGGAAUUCCUCACAAAAGAAAAGGACAUCACGGUACUUUUGUACCCAAGGCGACUCUGAUGCUGGCAGGAUAACGGCAGCUAAUUUAUUUUUUUAAAGGGGGACUGAUUUGUGGCGGUAACACUAUUGGACUUUGCUGCUGCCUCGGGCAAAACUUUGGACACCUCAUUUUGAGGUCUGCAAUGCAUGUUAUCAAUGUAGACACCGUAGAGCAAAUGAAUAUUAACAAGAAGCCGUUGUGUUCUCCCCGGGUUUUGUGUUUUUUUUGUUUACAGAUGGUCGGGGCCAAAGCUUUGAGUAGUUGUGGUGCUGGGACUGGGGAGUGUACUUGAAAACGUUAACUUUUUAAACAAGAAUUUUUGGUACAUUUUAGCUUUAGCUAUAAUAAAGGGUAAGAUUAAUCUAUAGUGAACACUUUUUUAAAAAAAAAAAUAUAGUUUUGAGGUGGCUGGCUGACUGUCUAAGGAUUUAGAUUGAGCUACCAACUAUUUAAAUGUGGCGAUAGCGUUGAUAAUACACCAGUUGUUGAUAAA